GAUUUUCUAUCAAGAUAGCUAUACUUUGUUGUACGCGUGUUUACCUGUAAACAUUAUAUUUCAAAAAGCAAUUAACGUCAAAUUCAUGAAGGAUCUCGUACAAGAACCAUUAUUACUCAUUAUAUUAACUAUCCUAUAAUAAAUCCAAUAUUCAUAUCCAUCUAUAUAUAUAUAUCGAUGAAUAUGUUAUUAAUAAAUAAAAAUGAAACAAUAACUAGUAACAUAAAUGCUUAAAAAAUAUCAACGAUAGCAAUAAUAUAAAGUUAGAAACUGUUGAGCAUUAGUAAGUGUCGUUCAACAAAUCUUGUUGCUCGCGUGUCCGCUUUCGCCUAUGCUUGUUCUCUUCAACUCUCCUACUCUUUUUCACCCUCUCUCUGCUGCCUCUUUCCUCUUGCUUCCCUUUCUCUCUACCAUUGGGUCUGCAUAUUCUCUUUUCGAUGGCCAAGCAGGCAGGUACACACACAUAGACAUACCGAAGAUCGGUAGUGAAUUGGUGAAUGCACGCAUCGGGCUCUCCUUGCCGACAUUCGUUCUUCCUCAGUGCGUGCCUUACGCGGAUACCGUAAAGUAUAUAUUACUUGUUUCGUAUUAUCUACGUGGCGUUUUAAAAAUUAUAACGAGUACUUCGUUCAAAUCUCCAUACGAAAAAAUAGAAAAAGUGCAAGGAGAAGGAAAUACUUAGCGGUGUUUAAAAUCAGAGAAUGUUCUGCUGCUGCUGCUGCUGUUGCUGCUGCAACUGUACUAUCGAAAUCACGCGAGUGUGCCCAGUUUGAUUUUUCGAGUGACGACGUGACCAGUACCAAGAAUAACGGAGCGAGUAAAUGCAAAACGGAUCACGAACUUAUUUCAAGAGAAUUGUAUAACUUUGGUGACACGAGUGUGCGUUGAUAUUUUUUCCUCUAUAUAAAAGGAAAUAAACCGUUCUUCUAGAUCAUCAGGAAGAAUUUUAAUAAAAAUAAAUUUGAAUAUCAAAGAAUCAUAAAUGCUCGUUUAAAAAGACCCGACUGAACGCGACAAUGAUAAAUAGUUAUUUUUAAUUCGAAAAAUACAGGCACGUUUUGAGCUAAACGAGUCUGUAAUAUUUUUAGAUGGCGUUAUGCUCGUUCUUGAUCGGUUCACGAAUUCCAGAGAGUUGCUGCAUCUUAAAGAACGUCGAUCGGUUCCAGUUGUUUGAACCGUACACAUGAAACUUUUGUGCUGUAUAAAAUGGCGUAGACGAAGAUACAAGAAACGUGAUCACAACAUAUACAAUACGGUUCUCGUAUUUCACCAUGAACGAAGCAAACAUUGUGUUCAAUUUAAUAACAAUUUCGUAAAGAAAUGAAAUCGCUUAUUAUUGUUUGUAACAUUGGACCUUGCGCGAUCAACUUCAGUGGAAGCGCAAGAAUUUCGAUUUCCCGGCCACGUUUUUGAAAAUCUCGAGGAACCGAAGGUAUGGAAAAUAUCAGAUAUUUCUAUAUUUUUAUCGAUUAAAUUGAAGAUUGUCAAUGAUUUUUGUGGGAAAUUGAAAUUAAUACCAGAUUCAUUAACAAUACUAUAUUAAAAACAUAUAGCUACUGUAGGUAUCAAGUAGUUGGCCUUCAAAUGCGUAUCGAUACCCAUUGUGCACUGCUUGUGUGUCACACAUUAAAUAUAUUUCCAUUUAUGAAUCGUUUUAAACGAAAAGAAACGAGAAACGGAUAAAGAACUGUUGACAAUUUAUUCCCGUUUUUGAAUUUAUGUUUUAUCACAGAUAAUCCUAAUAAUUUCCCACAAAAUUCCUACACGAUAUUUCAACGGUGGUUUACCAUUUUUCUUAUAAAAAUAAAAACCCGUUGCUCAUAAGCAUUUGUCGUUUUCCACGAGAGGCCGGAACGAAAUAUUUCGAAGAGUUCACAAGAGUUCACGCGAAGGAAUUUGAGGCAACGUUCAACGGAGGCUUAAGAUCUUUAUUGCAAAAGAGCAACGAUCUCGUGCAUUGUGUUACACGAAGAAAGCGGAGACCGUUCGACUCGAUUGAUUUUUCGGAUGUUGAUUAGCUUCGAUGCCCUACCUAAAGGAAUAUUCUCAAGGCGUUGUCCUGGUUUGUGAUUCACGAAUGAGCUAUGUAGAGCCAUAGCCAGCUUAGAAGGUCCGGUUACUGGUUUACCUGUUACCUGGACGUGCUGGCAACGGGCUCGUCCUAAAGUAUCGACCGUGAUUGUCGCUUGAUUCUAGUCACAACUUUUGGAGCGGAUAGAUUCAGGGCCGUCCUUGAGAUUUAGAAAAAGGGCCCCUUCAUAUAUAUGACAUUAAUAAAAAAAUGUAGCACAAAUAAAAUGUAUAAAAUUAACAUUAAAGCUUGUACAACUAAUUUAAAUUUGCAUUUACAUUGAUUAAUAUUCAAGUAAACAUUACCCUUUUUGAAUUCUUAGAUGCAAAAUCGUCUUAUGGGGGCCCUGGAUAGAUUCGCAACAAGAAAUUUCGUUUACUUUCUUUUUCAAUUUGCCGACGUCGAGAGAGAUUCCAUCAUUAAAAUGAUAAUGAAAUUUUUCUCUUAUUGAAUUUAAAUAGAAAUAAAUAAACAAAACAAGAAUUCGAUCAUUUCUUGUUUCGUUUUAUUCAUAGAAAUACCGUUAAUGUAGAAUUGAAUCAUUCAAGCCGUACGGAAAAAUCUGCCUGCGGUUAGCGAUAACAAAGAAAAGAUGAAACAUCCGUAGAUAAAGUGUUAAUCACCUAUGUCGAAACAGAUGUGUUUGAUUUUCUACUUGAAACCAAUUUUAACUUCCUUCCAACUCGCUAUGGUUCACUCGAAGUGAAAAUAUAUGAGAAUGUAAUUUUUUUGCUUGGAAUUUGAACGCUUGAUACGGGGUUGGGUAUAGCGGGUGUUUAAAAGGGCAAUAAUACAGAAACGCUGCUCACAAGUGGCGAGGCAAAUGAAUCAAUUAACGAAUGAUUCAUAUUCCCUACCAACUUUGAUAAUAAACGGGCCAAAAAAAACCUGAACAUUACGAAGCGUUCUCUAAACUUUGUUUUAUCAAAGUAUCUUUCUUUUGAAGUUAACUAAGGUAUUUCAUUUGCAGUCAUUUUUUUUAUAAAUACUGAUUUCCUGUUUUUGGUUUUCUCAAAAACUCAGGUAAGUCAUUGCUGAACAUUAUUUAAAAAAGCGAAUGAAAAGGUAGUAACUUGUAUUGCAAUUUCCAGGUCUCUAUAAGGUUGUUCUUAUCCAACGAUUCCUGCGAUUCUUCAAAAAAUUCAACUUCUUCUUUAACCUUUCGCCCAUUGGAAUAGAAUUAAAAGUUCAAUGAACUGCAGGUUCGGCGUCUGAUGAAGGUAAUUUCAUUGAUCACGAUACAACGAAACAGGAAAAGUCGUACGAGUUAUUGUCGAAUAAUUUCUUACAGCCUGCGUACCGGUAACCCUUUAUCUACUAUGCCAGGGGUGAGCAAUUGAUCUUUUUCCUGUCUUGGCGGGCCACAAAAUAACUCUUAGCGGGCCGCUAUUUGCCCACCCUUGCACUAUGCUAAUAAUCUGAAUUGUUAUCGGUCCAAGACAUGCUAAUCAAUGAUAACCGAUAUCGUAAUCGUAUCAAUUCAAAAUGGAAGGUCAUUAAUGCACAAUAUAUCACGCGUUCAAUAUUCAUAGCCAUUCAUCUAACCAGACUAACAGUAAAUUAAGUUUUCACAUUUACGCGGUUUUUCAUUGCGAUCGCGUUGUUUCUGUCGAGCAGCAGAUCUUCCGGUUGUAUUCUUUUAAAAAUAAUUUGCAAAUUGUUCUUAGCACCUUAUCGUUAAUAGAUUGCGAAUGAUAUAACACUCGAUGUUGAAGCUUCAGUUUAUUUUCUUCAACUGUUAGCUAUUCACAUUGCAUUCCUUUGCACGAUACGGUUAAAGAUCGAUUUUACUUCAAGCGACAAUUGUACGUGAUAUGUCAUCCUCAUGGAUAUUUCGUAAUGUUCUUCAAUAUUUUCGAAGCAACGUCGACGGUCGCAAAAUGACUUCCACCGAGGACGGUGAUCUGAUCGAUCUCGGGAACGAUAUCUGCGUGCCAAGGGUGUCGAUCGAAGACUGCUCGUCCGACGAGCAGGAACAUCUGCUGGACGUGUGUCCACCGAAACUAGAGGAAACGCUGUCGUUGACCAGAAAGCAGGAACAAGUGCAGAGCAUCAGCGACAAUGGUUACGUAUUGCUCACCCUGGGUCACGAUCAAGUGGUACCGAUUCGUAAGAGGAUCGACGUCGUCUCGUCGGACACGAUAAAAAGGGUUCGCGACAUUACCAGGAACUUAGAACCAGUUAUAAGGAAGACCUGUUCCGAUAUUAAUGAGGAGCAUCAGGACACGGUCGAUCAUGGGAGCGCGUCGACUCGCGAAGACGGUGAUUGUUCCACCGAAAAGCAGGAGGACGAAACGUACGAGGCGCAGGAGAUCAACAAUGCCUUCAACUUUCUCACAGAACACGACGAUACCGAGGAGCAGACCGAAUUAAAUGGUAACGGAUUAACGAUCGAGGACGAAGAUCUGUUAAAAUGUCGUCGAGCAUCGAGUUGGAAAAACGUGGACUCGAAUAAUCCAGCCUUCGAAUUGCCUACGAGUUUGAACAUACCUUGCGAGAACGUAUCGAGAAAGAUUAAAUCGAUCUCCGUCGAUCGUGAACUGGAAUCAGCCAGCAAGGCUGCUGUUAAGAAACGUUGCGAAGAGCAAACGAGCAAGAAAGGAGGAAUUUUUCAGCACAUGCAUCGUAAAUCGUGGACGGAAGGGAGUACGUUCGAUAGUUUGCCACAGGAUACGUUUUCUCGAUUUCAUAGAUCGCCCAGUUUGAGGGAGUACAAUUGUGGACCAUCGACCUCCACCAAUGGAAUUCAUAGACAGACUAGUUUUACAUUGAGCUGUUCAACGGGAGAGGAGGGAGACACGAAUCCAGAGGACGGAUGUUCCGAGUGUUCGGAAGUAGACUGGUCGUGGCUGGAGGAAGUGGAGUGUCCACGAGCUACGGAGUCGUUAGCACCGGUUGCGGUUGACGCGGUACAAGAGAAUCCUGAACGAGGAGGGAGCCCAUCCCCCACCAGUGAAAAUGCGAGGCGCAGGCGCGGUUGCGAGCACCGUGCUAUCGAUGCGGGUUGCAGUGGCGCGAUGUCCGUCUCUGGGACGGUGAAGUCCCUCCUGGUGGUCGGUGGUUCUCGAUGGUCGGCCUCCGAUCCUCUGCCCGUACCGAACGACACCGAACAAGAUGAAACGACGGGUUGCAACGCGAGCAACGAAACGAUCGAUCGUGAAACGCGCGACACCGGUGGUACCCUGGUUAAUUCUUGGGUACGUGCCUCGAUGAGACGUCUGCGUCACCUGAGAUUACCGGAAGGAACGGACCGGCAACGGAGCACCGAUUCGACAAACCAUCGCGCCGGUACGAUCGUGUCUGCGCCGAACUCUUUACCGGACAUCGCUCUGAUCGCUCCAGAGAUUCUUGCCGCCCAGACGAACGGUACUUCCGGCACCCUGCUCAGGCCGUCCAGCGCACCCGUUCGAAACGUCCACGGUUCGAGCCUGGUGUCCCCGCGAAGGGGUGGUCGACAAUUUCGAGGAAGUCGAUCGCAAGCGAACAGAAGCCGGGAAGUUUCGUCGAGGCAGAGCAGUGUCCUCUCGACGACUACCGGCAGCGACACGAUCACCUCAGCAACCACGACGUGUUCCUUCGGCCGCGCUUCCACCAAUCCACCUUCCAGCACGGCAACCAGUCCGCAACGUAUCGCUUCUAGACGGAUAUGCGAAAGGCAAAGAGACGUCGACAGAGACGAGGACCGAGGAGAGGACGAGGAUGAGGAUGCAAAUCCAUUGGGGAAGUGGCCGCAUGCUUUUAGUCCAGCCUUGGCGUGUCUCAGUUGCACCCUUGGUCUUUUUAAUAUAAGUAGAUUCUCUAUACUUAGCAUACAAUUCGGAGCAAACUUCAUUCUACAAUUUUUUAUUUUGUCCUUGGUAUUGGGCAUUCCGCUUCUUACAUUACACGUUUGUCUCGGGAAAAGAUUAGCGGCUGGAUCCGUGGAUAUGUGGAGAAUUUCGCCCUUGUUUCAGGGUGUUGGUAUAGCUCUCUUAAUUACACAAGCCUUUAUUGGUAUUUAUAGUAUCAUUGGUGUGUCCUGGAUGUUCGUGUACUUUAGGGAUUCGUUUAUAACGAAACAGGACAAGUACCGAUGGGCAGAACCGUUUUCUUUCUACAGAGAAGACAAACCUGCACAGAAUAACAGCAACUUGCACAAACUUUAUGAAACAGUGCCGGAUUACUUCAGCGGAGUUGUUUUACAAAGGCAUCAAUUAAACGAAUCGGACACCGGUGUCGUAACGUUAAAAUUUCAGGUCGCUUUUAAUUUAGCCGUUGUAUGGAUGAUCGUGUUUGUAUCGUUAAGUAAAGGUUUAAGAUCGUAUGGUAAAGUAGUAUUCGUUUUUACACUGGUACCUGUGUUUGGUACUCUGGUUCUUUGUGCAAGAAUACUUCGUCUCACUCCUCCGGAUUCUAUGCAUCAAAUCUUUCCCGCCACCGUCUGGGCCGAGUUUUUCAUCAAUGGAAAAUCAUGGGUAGCAGCAUCCAUCGAGGUUUUCCUCACCUGGGGAUUGCUCGGUGCAGCUGUCAUGCAGAUAGCUGCUCAUAAUAAGCACAAACAUUUACUACAACGGGACACGAGCGUGGCGAUAGUACUAACCACCAUGGUUCUAUUUCUCACGGCUAUCCUAGCUAAUACUUGUGUACACAUUCUCAAGCAUUACGGUUAUAUUUACAUACCAAGUUCGUUCGAAAGAAUAUCGUCGUACGUGUUCCUGAGACCAGUGAACCAACCAGCUCCCCCAGGGUACAGCAGUACACCGGAGAGAUUUAUGACCCACGUCUCGUUCAUCGUUGGGGAACGCGUAACUCGUCCUGGCGCGGAUUUUACAACGGAAUCUGGUUAUCAAGCGUUAAGACUUCCCACCGAAUUAUUUCCAGCGACACUAGCGUUACUCGGCACGGAGCAGGUGUCGCCUUUUUGGGCAGUUCUCUUCUAUUUUAUCCUUAUUCUGUUUGGAAUAGCUCAACAGCUAGCGAUAUGGCACUGCGUGAUAACUGGUAUCAUGGCAAUCAACGCAAAAAUGAUGAAGCUAUGGGAAACUACCAUCACGUUUUUCAGCUGUGCUUGCGCUUACAUCUUGGGUUUGCCGAUGGCCACAGAGUUAGGGAUACACGUCGUUUAUUAUCUUGAUUAUACAAUUGGUGGAACUUGGUGGAUCAUGAUUUUGUACUUGGUGCAAGUCGGUGCUGUAUUUGCGGUUCGUGGUCGUCCACAUAGCGGUGAAGCAGUAGUUGCUGAAUUAUUUCCACCGACUGGUCAAUAUCUCAGACACUGGACUGGUCGAUAUCUCAAACACUGGGCUGGUCCUCUCUUAUCGUUCACGUGGAACGUUAUACUGCCUGUUAUUCUUAUGGUACUUAGCAUUACGGUAUUCAAGAUUGCUGGAUUCCGAGAACUUUAUUCUUAUCGUCGUUCAGCCAGAGAAUAUUGGGCGAUAUGGACGAGACAACUUGGAGCUGCUAUUCAACUAAUACCAAUUCUAACGAUACCAGUGGUGGCUAUCAUUCAAACCUGCCGAUACUUGAACAACGGUCCACCCGAUAUAUUUGAUAGAAUUCAGUUGCUGUAUCGACCGUCCUUGGAACCGGAUGACCCAAGGGACACGCAAACGCAUAUUGGAAACGAUACGGGUACCAGCAUCCACGGUAAUGGGAUCGUGCCAACCAGCACGGAAGUACCAUUCGAGGAUCCACCGCCUAAAUAUACGCCUCCUCCGAGUUAUACCACGGCAACGGGCGCGAGGAUAGCGAAGAUGUUGCGUCAAAGUUUUCGAAGAAGCGUUAGACGAAUAGCGAACGUACUCGGCGAGAGUAGUGCUCCGAGACAAAGACCGGCCUUACAACCUCCCCCGCCGGAUUACGCGACCGUCCUGGUGGAAAUGAAUCAAGGCAGACAAACUCAGGACGUGACGAUUCAUAUGUCCGAGUCGAGAACCGAGAACAACGGGAACGUUCGAAACAAUGCUACCGAGAGACAUCGACCUAACACGAUCGACAGAACAACCAGAAUUAAUAUGGUUGGAUGUUCGUUAGAGAGAGCUCAUUCGACCAUGGAAAGAGUUCGACGACCGUGUACCACUUCGUCGAGCAGUUCGAACCUAACCGCAGUGGAUGUUGCGAAUUUGCUUCGCAGUAGCAUUAGAAGAGGAAUAACGAGGUCUCAACAGUCCCUACGUAGAAGUUUCUGCCACGACGAACCGACCGCGGCAGCGUCUGUUGAGAAUCUAGUCGAGGCUGCAGCGCCGAUCGGCGAAGAAUCCUUGGUCCUUCCGAAGGACGUAUCUCUAGUCUCCAAUGAACAGGCUAACGAUAAUAGCGACGAUAAAAAGACUGCCCGGGAAACGGAUGAUUCCGUUUCUGUGAUAUAGACUUAUGUUCUUUCGUUCGAAAUUCGUUUACCAGGAACAACCGACGGUUGCUUAAUUCUUGUUACGUUACUGCAUCGGUGAUUUAUGUAUUUCUCUUAUCCACCCGCGUUAUCGAUUACUCAUUCUUCGAGGAAAUUUUCGUUGCUGAUUUUUGUUUUGUAAUCUAACGUCAAAUCGUGGAAAUGUAUUUAUCGCGAAAGAUUGAUGGAUUACCGAUGACGUGUCCGUUCAUCAAUAACCGAGAAUGUAAUUUUACCCUUCUUUUUAGACUGAAUUCAGUAUUUUUUUUUUUUAAUCUCGUCACAGUUGACAAAUAAUUGCAUAAUAUCAUCGUUUUAUUUAUCGCGACGAUUAACUAACGCGCAAACCAAUACCAAGUAAUGAUAAGCGGUAAGAUUUUUCUAUGGAUAAACUCGGUUUCGUCUCCCCACGACCAAGUGCUUAUUGUAUAUAUAGUGUUUUAACGAAUAAUUUUAAGAGAAAUUUGCUUGUUAAAUAUUCCCGUUAUUGAUCGUAAAGAUCAUUUUAUGCUACAACUGUAUAGUCCGUCCAAGUUCAUCAGAGCCGAUAUUUUACUUUUCGAUAGACGGAAUGGAAAACCGUUCAUUUAUCAUCGCGAAUAAGUGAAAUGAUUGACACUGAAUUGUGUGUUUCAUAAUCUAUAUGUAGUAUAUGAUUAAACGUUGAAUUACGAUCGAACAACAACAAAAAAAAUGUAAAAAAUGCAUUGUUAUUUACAUGACCACGUAGUUAUAUAGCGUCACAAAUAUUCUAAUAACAUUUCAUAAAUGUAACUACUAUACCUGAUAUUAUGGAUCAUAAUAAAGUUUUUAUGUUCUUUUUUAAA